CAUACUAGAUUUUACGACAGCUUAGAUCAAAUCGCUGAUACAAGAGCGUGGUGGGACGCGGGCGGAACAGCAUCAGACCCAAUGAGGCGCUCGGCCCCGGUCUGGUGCCCAGCCACGGCUUCUAGGGUUGGGCAGCAGCUUUAGGGGCAGCCGUCCAUAGUGUAGAAAUGCGUCGCGCGGCGGCACCGUUGCGGAGUCUGAGGAUCGCACUGCUGGCCCUUCUCACGCAAGCGGCCGCCUUCACGACGCCGAGCCACGACGAAUUAUGUAGAGCGCAAGCGGCGCCGGGCUGCCUCCAGGUCCUCAAGGAGAUCCAUCUCGAGCGCAUCGUGGAGGACCGCGGCGCGCCCUACGCUGCGAACGAGAGCGCCGAGGCCUACCUAGAGCAUUUGAAUGCGACCGUGGGCGCGCGCGCGCGCAUAGGAUUAGGAGAGGCGCACGCCGAGGCCGCGGCGCGGGGCUACAAGCUGGCGCUGCCGGGCGAGACGCAGCGCUACCCCGGCUCGGUCCACGUGCGGGGCAACUUUUUUAUUGCGGCGGCGUUCAAGCUGGAGCACGACGGCGAGCAGCUCCGCCACCUCAUGCGGGAGGGGAAGCUGCCCCCCCCAUUUCGGCACCUCGCGGACGCCUACUCGACUAUCUAUCGGGGCAUCCAGCGGGCGCAACGGAGCCAGUUCAUGACGCAGAAGCUCCUGAGCACGGCGCAGCACGCGCUGCUGUUCGGGGCGCACAACGCCCUCGUCUACCUCCCGCCGGAACGCGGCGUCAAGCGGGCCCUGGGUGCGCGGUUUUUGAGGGAGGCGGCGGGGCUGGAGGCGGCAUACCUCGCGGACGCGCGGGCCGACCGCGCGCCGGCCUUUUAUGCAGACGGCUUCCUCUCGGACGAGGCUUUGGAGGAGCUCUACGAGUGGUGCCUCGACGCGACGGUCUGGUUCGACGCGAAGCCCGGUUAUUUGGGCGCCUACUUCGACGACGGCUUCUCUCCGAAAGUGCUGCUCCAGGUCGUCGAGGAGCUAAGACUGGCCCUACCUCAGAUAAUCGGCGACCUGAACCUGAAGACGGCCUGGGCCUACAAGUACGACUCGCAACCACAAAACACGGGCAUCGCCGUGCACGCCGACCCCGCGGCCGUCAACGUCAAUUUCUGGGUCACGCCGGACGCCGGCAACACGGGCCGGGAGCCGGGCGGCCUCGUCGUGCACCGCCAGUUCCGGGGGUCCCAGGGCGACUGGAACGGCAUCGAGCACGCCGCGCGCAUGCGCGCGCACCUCGACCAGCUCGAGCGGGACUCGGGCAUAAAGCCGCUGCGCGUGCCUUACAAGCGGAACCGCGCGGUGAUCUUCGACUCGUCGCUGCUCCACGAGACGGACCGCUUUCGCUUCAAGCGGGGCUACCGGCACCGCCGCAUCAACCUGACGCUGCUGUUCGGGCUGCCGCGGCAGCCGGGCAAAACGGAGCCGCUCGAGCUCUGCGUGGAAGUCGUUGCCGGGAGCGAGACGUGCGUGACGAUGCCCCUGUCGAAGGCCGGCGUCGACCGCCUGAUGACGUACUACGUGGAACGCGUCCUGGCCUGCUCUCGGAAGGAAGCCAAAGCGACCGCGUCGCUCGAGACGCCCGCCGCGAAACGAGCGACGGCCCACGCCGUCGCGCUGUGCACGGCGCGGUCGCUCCACGCCGCCGGGGACCGGCGCCUCGCCAUCGAGGUCCUCCAGUCGCGGCAGACGCACUGCGGCUCUAGAGCGGCGGCGUCCGAGGCCGAGUGGACCGUGUGCGGGACCCUGGCCGCGAUGCACCAGGACUCCUUCGAGGCGACGGCGGCGUCCUUCGCGGCGUCGCUCGACGACGUUUUGAGGUGGCAGCGCCACACGACCUACGUUUUGGACGACCGCGUCUGCCCGCUCACGGUCGACGAGCUCGAGCGGUGGUCACAUGCUGUGUGGAAAUCAAAAUUUUACGGCGCGUUCGUGCUGAAUCGUCGCGUCGUCCUCCACGCCAUCGACGCGAUGCCUGCUCGAUAGCGUGGUGCUCGUUCCUCACCGCUCGACCGAGCCAGGACGGCCGCGCCAUCGCCGAGAAAUGACUUAGUGAAGAUUUUUCGGGUGCACCCGGCGCACUGGUUGAUUUCCACACAGGUCACAUGCGCCGUCGGUCCUGGUGCACGUGCCGCGGACCUCUGGCACGACGCUGCGCGCCCUCUACGCAUCCGUCCUCAACGAGACGCAACUCGCGCAAGCGAGACACUACUCCGCGGCGCAGAUGCGCGCCUGCGCUACGCGCGAGUGGGACCGGAAGCGGUCCGUCGCGAUCAUCCGCGACCCCUGGGCCCGCGCCGUCAGCGCGUACGACCACCUCGUGAACGUCUCGUACAGUGCAUAAAUCAAAUUGUCGAGGCGCGUCCUUCGACGCGACGUCAGCACGACGACGUGGUGCAUCUGACUCACUGGCUGAUUUGUGCACAGGUAUCGAACAUAUCGAAGCAUCCCUCCGAUAGAUACUUCGGGACGUGGCUGACUCUCUUCGAUGACUUCUCGGACUUUGUGGAAUCGGGCGGCUUGGAACUCGCGGCCACGGCCUGCGCUCAUUUCUUGCCCGCGUUGGAUUGGGUCUCGGACCCGCGCACGGGCGACGUCUUAGUCAACGACGUGCGCCGCUACGAGGGCUUCCACGCGGCGGGCAUCGACGCCGCGCUGGCCUUUACGAGUUUGGACGCGGGCGACCGCCGGCCCUUCUACACGCGGGGACCGCGUGGCGAGUCGUACUGCGGCCGCUACACGCGACGGGCCGCGGACGUCGUCGCUCGCGUCUACGGCGAGGACGCGCGCGCGUUCGGGUACGAGAAUACCUGUGCGUCCUACUUGCCGCCGCGUGAUACCAAGAGGCGUUACCUCGUUGAAAACGCCGCGGCGGCGACACGCGCGCGGCGCCGCGCAGCGGACGCCUUCGUGCGCCGGCGAGAGGAACGCGCCUGGCGGAAGCGGAAGCCUCCCGAAGGAAACCGAAAGUUCCGCCGGCGGUGGCGGCCGGGGACAUUUGUGCUGUAAUUGUUUGUAAGAAAA